GUUGGUGGACGCACACGCUUCGACAAUCUGCACAGCGACCUGGGGUACUCCUUGGCAGCUGAGAUGUCAGCCGAAUCGAGGCCAUCGGCGGCCACAACCGACGAUGCUGACAGACGUCGGUGCCGUCGAGACGCAGGUCUCCGCGCGGCGGCGGCGUCUGGAUGGCUCCCCUUCGCCGACCUCAUCACCUUCCAGCUCGCGUCGUUAGCCAUGUGCGUCAUCUGCCGCCAUGCGCAGAAGCCGGUGCUGGUGAACGUUGCCAAGCGGACACCGAAGACGCUCUGGUCGAUCGAUCGCCCACGGAUAGCUCACGAAAGCACCGACAGCGCCGACGAGGGCGAAGGUAGUGGGGGAGCGCCCGGCUUUGCCAGCCGUGUGCCUCGCCCGACCAUCGAAGCCAUCUCCUGGAUCCGCGCAUCGCCGUGCCCCGCUCUCCGCGACAAGCUUCCCUCAGAGGCGAAGCGGCUGGCGUUCGGGAGCAACUUCAACCACACGGUGGUCGGUAUCCGCUGGCCCGAAGGGCUGGAGGAGAUCAGGUUUGGGUCCAAGUUCUCUCAGCCCGUCGCCGGAGUCGCGUGGCCAGCCUCCCUGCAACGACUUUCGUUCGGACAGGCCUUCGACCAGUCGCUGGCGGACGGGACGUUUCCCGAAGGCCUGAAAGAAAUUUCCUUCGGCUCAAAGUUCAACCAGAGCUUGCUACCAGUACAAGACAGCACGGACAAAGUCAAGGAGGGAGGGGUGCGGUGGCCCUCGACCCUGGAACGCAUCACCUUGGGAAGCUACCGUAGGAGCUUGACCGGGGUGUCGUGGCCGCCCGGACUCCUUGCUCUCGUACUCACGGGCGAGUUCGACCUCCCUCUCGCCGGGAUAACGCUGCCGGGCAGCCUGGAGGAGUUGGAGAUCUCCUCGACCUUUAACCACCCAAUCGACGAGGUGGACUUUCCCCGGGGCUUAAAGACGCUGACGUUCGGGAACCAGUUCAACCAGGCCAUAGACAAGGUCAAGUUCCCGGCGGGGCUGGAAAUGCUGAGGCUCGGGCUGUCGUUUGAUCAGCCCGUGGCGCGGGUAGACUUCCCGGCGAGACUGUCGCACCUCUCGAUCGACAGCAAAGCAUUCAACCACCCCCAAAAGAAACAAAAGUCGACAAGCGAGGUGACAGCUUCCUGGAAGGAUCCGCGCGUCGGCGGCGGCGAAGACAGGAGUGGGGUUGGCACCGCACCGCCAACGACAUCGGCAUCGCUCGAGCAUGGCGGCCUCCGUUCGUCAUCCGCAGAAGCCUCGGCAUUCGAUCAGCAGGAGCAACAGCAACAUCAACAGCAACAACGUUUUCCCCCGAACGUCGACGGGUCGACCAUCCCCGCGCCCCCAACCGUUAAACGCUCGCUCUUCCACAACCCGUUCAUGGUGAGGAGCCCGGGUCUGCAGCAAGAACUCCAGCAGACGCAGAAGCAGCAGAACGAUCCAGGAUCUGUCCAAGAGUCGGCAACACCAGCGGCGACAGCGGCGACAGCGGGCGACAAGUUCCACCCGGAGUUGUCCAACCCCGUCGAGGUGUUCCCUCUCGACACGGAGCUGCGCCGGGAGAUCGGGGCCGCGGUCGACGCCGAGAUGCACCGAGAUCUUGGCGCGGCCCUGGCCGCGGCUACCGUCGCGCCGGGCACCGCUCUUCACCCGGACGUGGCCGCCGUCCACGAGAGGGUGGUCGAGGAAGAGCAGGCACGAGUGGCGGGGAUGAGGGUCAACUUCGACGACGCCUCCGCUUCGUACGCGUCGUUCACGGACAUGGAGUUACUGAGGGCUUACGUGGUGCUGCGAGCAUGCGCGAUAACGCCUCUCGUGGAGAGGAGCGAAACGCUUCUCAAGAUAGGGUACGGGGUGCUCGGCGAGAGCAUCACCAACGCUAUUCUGGGGAAGACGUUCUUUGCGCAUUUCUGCGCGGGCGAGACCGCAGAACAGGUGGGGCGGCGGGCGGGCGCUCUGAAGACGAGGGGCAUCGGAGGCAUUCUCGACUACGCCGCGGAGGUCGACUUGAGGCCGGCGGAGGAGAGGGCGGAGAGAGAAGCCAAGAAAAGAGAAGCCGGCGACGACAGGCUGUUGCGCGAGGAGCCUGCGGCGUGCCGCACCUACGACUACAUGGGAGAAGCGGCCUGCGACGCCCGCCUCAUGACCUUCCUGACGUGCGUCAGGGCCGUCAGGGACCAGACGCCCGGGGGUUUCGCGGCGAUCAAGCUCACGGCUCUGGGAGACCCGGUACUGCUCAGCCAGAUCACCACCUGCGUGCACUUGGUUCGAAAGCUGUUCGAGGACUUCGACAGCGACCGCGACGGGUUCGUCAGCCACAAGGACUUCGAGGAGGGAUACAGGCGUUGGUUCGUAUCGGAAUCCGAAGAGGACAACACCACGCUGCUCAACCUCAUGAAACGUCUGGACCCGAACAACAGAGGCGUCAUCGACUACGUCGGCUGGAGCAACCGGAUGCGUCUGGACAACCUGGCGGAGAUUUCGGCGCACUGCCGCAUCCCGGGACCCAUGGCGGCGGCAGCCCUUAGCGAGAACGGGGUGGCCCUGAAGAAGACCAUGUACCGGCGCAUCGCCACUCUUGCCACCGCCGCCGCGAGCUCCGGGGUCCGCCUCAUGAUCGACGCCGAGCAGAGCUGGCUUCAGCCUGCCAUCGACAACGAGGUCUACAGCCUCCAGCUGGAAUUCAACACCGAGUUCCCGACGAUCUUCACGACGUACCAAUGCUACCUCAAGGACUCCUUGGAGAGGCUCAAAACGGACCUCGAUCGAGCCGCCAGGGGAGGGUAUGUGUGGGCAGGAAAGCUCGUUCGAGGGGCGUACAUGGUGUCCGAGCGGGAGAGGGCCAAGGAGGAGGGCUACGAGUCGCCUGUCUUCGACGCGAUCGAGGAGACCCACGCAAACUACGACGCCGCCGUCACCCUGGUGCUCGAGCACAUGGCCAAGGGCCAGCGCGCAGAGGUCAUGAUGGCCACGCACAACCAGAAGAGCAUCGAGCACGCCAUCUCCCUGAUGCAGAAGCUGGGCAUCCGCCGCCAGGACGGAGUGUCGUUCGGGCAGCUCCUCGGCAUGGCGGACAACAUCACGUUCCCGCUCGGAACGGGCGGCUACAAGGCGUACAAGUACAUUCCCUACGGCAAGGUCGGGGAGACGAUCCCCUACCUGCUGCGCAGGGCGCAGGAGAACAGCGGCAUGCUCGGCGGCGCGAGCCAUGAGCGCGGCCUCCUGGUGAAGGAGAUCCGCCGUCGCGUGUUCGGGGGUUGA